AUGUCUAAGUGGCAGCAGCCCUCUCCAAGUCACCGAACCACUCAUCAUGGGGACUGCGAAAGGAGUUUUGAGAGCGUCAUCCAAACCUUGAGCCAAGGGGUCAGACAUAGUAAGCCCAUGGAGGUCACCUAUAAUAAAGCCGUCGUUCUUGGUCUACGAUGGAGUAAUGAUGACUUGGACCUGGCCAGACCUCAAUCUGCACUUCUCGAGACAUUUCGGACACAAUGUGGAUUCGAGACGGCUAGUUUGCUUAUCCCCUCCACCUCUAGGGAGGGGGCAUUGGAAGCGAUACGUGACACAAUUUAUGAACUCCGUCGGAAAUAUGAAAUGGACCGUGAUCGCUAUCUCAAUCGGGGCACGUUAUUUGUAAUACACUAUAUCGGCCACGGUGUAUCUGAAACAGAACGAAAAUUUGAAAUCUGCGGAACCCGCAGCCCUGAUGCCGUUAGAAUCCCGUGGUCUUCCAUCCAUCUUAGCAUGAAGGCAGACGUCCUCGUUCUCAUCGAUACCUCCUACUCUGGAAGCUUUUUCCAACCAUGUCACAGCCUGCAAAGGAUAUUGCAGCACAGUGAACGUUCCGCGGAGUACCUAUUCGCAACAGGCAACGAGAUUUCUGAUCAGAACGGUCCCACUUACGAUGCUAACAAUAAUUUCACAACCCGUCUAACAGAACUUCUAUACACUACGUCACCAGCACCGGUUACUGUUGUACAACUCCACGAAGCUCUCUGUACCCAAGCCAAUGACCCAAGUACUAAGCUGCGCUAUACUCCUCAAUAUAUGGACUGUCGCAAAUCAUCUAUCAUCCUCCAUCAUCUCGAUAAUCAUGUGUGGAGAAUAGAAAAUCCGACAAGCAACGCACACAUACCUACGGGUCGUACCCUCAUUUCCGUUUCCAUCCUUGGGCACACCGUUCGUGGCCAAGUCGCAGAGUGGCAGACGUCGCUAUCGAAAAUAGAUCCUAAUGUGACCAUCGAAGGUGUGUUUAACCUUCAGGGCUGUUCUCUGUGUCUUCUAUCAAUGCCUAUCUCGUUGUGGGAUAGUUUCUUACACCCAGGGUACAAAUUCAUGAGCUACGUGGAUUCCCACAACCUACUGGCAUCGAAUCCUAGCGCUGAUGGCCUCUUGUUAGCCACGCUACCAGAGAGACCGAAGGAACAAGCGUAUGUUGACUAUGUCAUGCUCUCUGACGAGGAGGAGUGA